GCUCGCAAUUCCUCUUCUAAUAUUAAUCUGCACUCUCUCGAAACUGCGCGCAAUCAACCUAUGACUUCGUGAACACCCGACAAACUCCAACCGACAUCAUGUCUUUCGGAUUUGGAGGGUUCGGUCAGAACAACCAAAGCAGCGGCUUUGGCACUGGCACUGGCUCUGGCUUCGGAGCAGGCACUGGCACUAGUGGAGGCUUUGGCUCGACAGCAUCCCCGUUCGGAGGCGCCACUACUGGCACUUCAGGCGGCAGCGCCUUUGGCGGUGGCGCUUCCAACACAUCUACUGGAUUCGGAUCUGGUUCCGGCACUGGCGGAGGAUUCGGUACCAAUACAGCAGCCCAACAACCUAAUGCCCUUUUCGGCGGCCAAACUCGCCCCGGUGGAUUCGGCACCACCAACACUUCUAACAGCGGAUCUCUCUUCGGAGGAGCCACUCAGACUGCUGGCGCCACCGGCGGCUUCGGUACUGGUGGAGGAUUCGGCUCUACCGGCACCACUGUGCAGCCCCCGCGGGUGGAAGCCUUUUUCGGCGGCGCCAAACCCACUGGCUUUGGCACUUCGGCUACGGGCACUGGCGGAUUCGGCACUAGCGGUGGCUUCGGAUCUACUGCAGCCCCCACAACAACCCCCAGCACAGGCUUUGGUGGCUCAGGCACUGCCUUCCAAGGAGCUCUACCUAACUGCGAAGGUACUGGCGGCACCCCGUUCAGUCCCUGGAAUGAGAAGGAUACCAGCUCAGCCAACACCACGAACCACUAUCAAAGCAUCUGUUUUAUGCAACCCUACAAUAAAUGGUCUUUCGAGGAGCUGCGCCUAGCGGAUUACCAACAAGGCCGUCGUUUCGGCAACGGCAGUGGCCAAGCCGGUGGAUUUGGCGCUCCUGCUUUCGGUAACGCCACCACUGGUGGAUUUGGUCAGCAAAAUACUACACCUACUCCUGGUGCCUUUGGCGCUAGCACCACGCCGUUCGGAGGGGCUGCCACAAGUGCGCCAACCGGCUUCGGUUCAACACAGACCGCAGGUGGUGGAUUCGGCUCUACUGGUGCUAACCCAUUGUUUGGUGGAGCAGCCAAACCAGCAACUUCCUUAUUCGGCGGUGGAGCUACUCCUGCAGCUUCAUCAGGAGGAUCCCUCUUUGGUGGAGCCACACAAACCGCUGGUGGUGGCUUUGGAAGCAACACCGGUACUGGAACUGGAUCAGCUUUCGGCAACACUGGCGGGUCUAUGUUCGGUGCCAACCAGCAACAGCAGAACAAGCCCGCAUUUGGCGCCGCCGGCGCAACUGGCGGUAGCGCCUUUGGUGGAUUCGGUGGUACCCAAACAACUUCUGCCGCGAAUCCGUUUGGAGCUUCGACCGCCACAGCCUCACCCUUUGGUGGCGGUACUCAGCAGCAAGCACCAAGUGCCUUCGGUGGUUUCGGUGGCGCAGCCCAACAGAACCAAGCUCAAACUCAACCCAAGUCAAUGUUUGGCGGCGGUGGAUUUGGCGCGGGCACCCAGCAACAGGGAACUGGCACAGGUUUGCUCGGCGGCGCCGCUGGCACCACUCCAGCUGCCGGAUCUUCGCUCUUCGGUGGAGCCCAGCAGCAACCCCAGCAGCAGGCAGGUAGCUCACUCUUCGGUGGUCAAAAUCAGCAAGCUGGUACCGGAAGUACGCUAUUUGGCGGUUCACAGAAUCAACAACAACAAAAGCCGGGUGGUCUCUUCGGAUCUGCCCCAGCUCCCGCCGCAGGUGGUUUCUCUGGCUUCGGCGCCUCGCAGCCCCAGCCAGCCGCUGGCGGUGGUGGCUUGUUCAACACACAGAACCAACAGCAGCAGAAGCCCGGUGGCCUCUUUUCUUCGACUACUGGAACCGGCGGCGGCGGCAUGUUCGGCGGUGGUCAAACCACCACGGGCCAAGGCGCCGGUUCUUCGCUCUUCGGUGGUCAAAGCCAGCAACCGCAGGCCGGUGGCCCAGGUGCCAGUGCUUUCGGCGGCUCAAUGCCCGGACAACAGUCUCAGCCUGCCCCUGGUAGCUUCCAAGCGUCGCUCCUUGAUGGAAAUCCAUAUGGAAGCCAGUCCAUCUUCUCUGGUCUUCCUGCUCCCGGUGGAUCGGCUCCCGGUCCCCUUGCCACGCCACUGUCUUCCAGCAUGAAGCAAAAGCAGCGAACUCCGUUGCCGGUCUACAGAAUUACCCCCAACGCUGCCAAUCGCCUCAUUACCCCUCCGAAGCGUGGAUAUGGUUUCUCCUACUCUACCUAUGGCUCGCCCUCUGGUAGCACUGGUACCCCAUCUGGUCUUGGUAGUAGUUUGUUGGGUGGUGCUGGCGGCAGUAACAGUCUCCGCGGCAGCGUCAAUGGCAGCAUUGGUCGUACCUUCAGCAAGAGUUACUCCACUAGCAACCUUCGCAAGACUUUCGAUCCAGAGGCGGACAGCAUUCUUUCUCCCGGCGCCCUGCAGGCCGGCAGCGCACGUGGUGCCAGCAACCUCAAGCGUCUCACUAUCAACCGUGGUCUGAGAAAUGAAAUAUUAUCGACCUCUACUCGCACUUCCCCGGCCCCUCUUCUCAUCAACGGAGAAGAUGCUGCUCAGUCUACGGACAAGCUGAAGAAAAAGGUCAGCUUCGACUCUAAUACCUCCGGGCUCAACGGCGGAGACCUUGUUCGCGUUGAACCUAACAGUCCUGAACCGUCUGCUGAGGAGCUUGGUUUCCUUCGCUCUGUCCGCAAGAGCGGUAGCCUCAAUGGUUUCGAUGCUGCCGGCACUACCGAUCGUCCUGAGAUGGAGUCUACCCGCCGUGACCUUGCUGUUGUCCCCGAAAGCGCACCGCCUACCACCAACGGUGCUACCGUUAAGCGCCUUACGUUCAUCCCUGGUGGUGACCCAAGGCCUGGUGAGUACUGGAUGCAACCUUCCCGUGCCGAGCUUAGCCGAUUGAGCCGCGACCAGCUCAGACAAGUCGUUGACUUCACUGUUGGACGUCAGAACUGUGGAUCUGUCACUUUCAACGGCCCCGUUGAUCUGACUACCGUUGACCUGGACAACCUUUUCUCCAAUAUUGUGGAUAUUGGUCUUCGCAAGAUUACUGUCUACCCCGAGGAAUCGGUCAAGCCUGCCAGGGGCAAAGGACUGAACGUGCCAUCUACCCUGCGGAUUGAGAACUCCUGGCCCCGUGGUAGAGAUAAGAAGAGCAACUCGCCUGUCACUAGUGGUCCUCUGUUCGACAAACACAUUGAUCGUCUGCAGAAGGUGGGCGACACUGAGUUUGUUAACUACGAGACUGAGACUGGAACCUGGGUUUUCAAGGUGCCUCAUUUCACUACGUACGGCCUUGACUAUGAUGAAGAGGAAGGUGAAAGUCUUGACCAGAGCACCAUGAGUGCCCAGGGCCCUGACCACCCUACCCCAAGGGCUCACUUCGACCACCCCACGAGUUUCGAUCAGUCCACCACUUUCUCCAUCGACGAAUCCUUCGUCGGUUCCAUGAUUGGCGUUGAAGACGAUACCUUCGAUUUCAAGAAGCGCAAGCUUGUUCCUGGCUCUUUCGCUAGCCAAGCCAUGCCUGUGGAGGACGAUUAUUUUUCUGAGGGUGAAACCGAGUCUUUUUUAGAGGAAGGCUCCACGGGUUCGACUACUGAGAAUGACGAUGACGUCGUCACCGAGAGCCAACAGUCUGGCGAUUCGGUAGUUGGAUCAGAUGAGGCAGAUGAAAUGGAUAUGGCGGGUGCCUUUCCCACUCCUCAUCGCACCGUGGAGCGGGACGAAUACCAGAGCACCAACGGUGAUCUGGAUACCACUUACCCUAUCUCAAAACAUUUCGGCAGUCCCGCAAAGCCUCAGCUUGAUCUUAGUGGCGACUGGGCCGAGCAGCUGCAGCGUACCAUCAGCCCACGCAAGCAGAACCGUGAUGCCCUGCGUGAAAUGCAGGCAAACGCUUUCCUUGAUCGCAACCUCGUGAACGAUGAAUCUCCCACUACCAUUGCGACAGCCUCUCCGAAGAAAGGGUUCUCAAACAGCAUUGAUCUUAUGAACUCUUUGUUUCAGCAGCCGCGCAAGCAAGCUGCCCCUUCUCCGCUGAAGCCUUCUAAGGCACCGCCAAAGGGCUUUGAGUGGCCCUACAACAAGCAACCCAAGACCUUUGCUGGCGAUACAACACAAAUGAGUGAAUCCGAUGCCGCUUUCCAUGACUCUUUCAAACCCCGCUGGGGUCCCAUGGACUCCCUCGUCUGCGCGAAAAACGAUAUGGAGGAUACAAUCUUAGGCGUGAACCAGACCUGGAAAGAAAGUUUCUCUAUUUUUAGCGAAGAGCGCGAUAUUGCAGUGAUGACUUACAACCAAUCUGGCGAGGUCAGGGAAAUGCUUGAUGUCCAGCGGCUUCAGUCCUCUAUCCAGCGUAUUGACGGCACUCCUUUCGUUCGUAUGGCUAAGGUCGAUCUGUCACAGUUCCCUCUGUCACCGUCUACCCGUUCCCAGUCGGAGGAAGAGCGCUUGGUGUGGCAGCUUCUCAACAUUCUUUUUAAUGAUGAUAUCGAGGAUGACAUCUCAGCGGGUGUACCGCCGCGUCUACGACAGCAAUUUGCGCACCGCAUCAAGAAGGACCGACUCACACGUCUUUGGGAGGGAAUCAUUCGUGAAAAGCACUCCCAGAACCUUGAUCUGAUUCGCUCCCCCAUGGAACGCGCCGUUCAUUUGAUUUGUUCGCACCGAGUGGAGGAAGCGUGUAAGACACUGAUCGACAGUCAAAAUCCCCAUCUAGCAACUAUUGUCGCACAGAUUGGCCGCGAUGCUACCUCACGGGCCGACAUAGCGAACCAGAUCGAUGUAUGGCGUCAGAACAAUUUACUCUCAGAGAUGAGCGAACCCACGCGAGCCCUUUACGAACUGGUCGCUGGAAAUGCUCUCCGCAGCGAGGGCAAAUCGGGCGGUGCGCUUGAAGACCGAGCUUCCAGCUUUGGCUUCACCGAGCGGUUCGACCUAGAUUGGUUCCAGGCCUUUGGUCUUCGUCUGUGGUAUUGCACUGCUGAAGAUGAGCCAAUUGAGGUGGCUGUCUCAAAGUUCCUUGCGGACUUGGCCACCGGACAGGAACCCGCCUUCCCCCACCCAUCCCACCAGGCCAGUACACAUGCAGUCCUGCAGCCUGGCUCUGAUACCCUUGGGCGCGAAUCUCCUCUUUGGGUUCUGCUCAAGGCCUUCUCAGUAAUUCAAGGCCACGGCUCCCAGUCGAUUGAAUUCCCGGCCUCUUUCCUUCCCGAAUCCGUCUCCGGUGACCGUCUCUCCAACCGACUCUCCUUCCAGCUACACCACGUUCUCGCUGCGACGGUCGGUCAAAACCCGGCCAUCAAAAUCGAUCAGCUUCAAACCGACCAACUCGUCUGGGAUUUCGCCUCUGAACUCAGUGCCGGCGGAAAACUUGAUCAAGCACUGUUCGUCCUUCUGCAUCUCUCCCAAGCCAACGACCGCAAGCGCGCCGUCCAGGAAACUCUCGCCCGGUUUGCCGCUCAACUCCCCGAGCCCUUCGCUGCCGACGGCUCCUCCCACCCGGCAUGGCAAUAUCUCAUCACUGAGCUCCAGCUUCCCGAAGCCUGGAUCUGGGUUGCCAAGGCCCUGCAUGCUCGCGACAUCGGCGACGCCGCCCGUGAGGUCGACUGUCUUAUUCGCGGCAAGCACUGGAACGACGCCCACGCUACAUUCUGUCGCAUCGUCGGCCCAAGCACCAUCAUCGAGGGCGACUACCGUACCCUCGAGGCUCUGGUCUCUGGCUUCGGCGAUGGGCCAGAGCGUAAAAUGCGCGGCUGGUCUUCUGGCGGCGGUGUCUACGAAGAUUUCCUCCGUCUGGUCAACGCCACCAGCGGCCGACGUGAUCCAACUCGUCUGAACCGCUUGGUCAACGCUCUUGUCGCAAUGGGUGAUCGUGUCCAGGGAUCCAGUUUGGAUGGACUGGAGGAGCGUGUUGCAUUUAAGGAGAUGAGCCGAGCCGUCGCUGGCUGGAUCACGCACGAGGAUGUUCACUCUGUUGAAUCCUCCGCUGUCCUGGGCCUGCCCUUGACAGGCGACGCUCGCGUUUUGCAGACCGCAGAGAUGAGCCGUCGGUACUACGGCGUCAUCAUGGCGGGUGGCUACUAAGUUUUGAGGAGAUAAGGAAAUCAUGUUCCAGUUUGCAUAUGUUCAUUGUGGAAUUAGCGGGCAUUAACUACAUCCAAAGCCCAAGCACCCGUGAUCUUUUUCUUUUGUUUUGCUCUCUUUACUUUUUCGCUGUGUUCUGUUCCCCCAAAUGAUCUCAAAUGGUUCCCAUGACCUGUAUUGUACUCUACCCUAUUGCUGAAAAAUUAUUUGAA